AUGACGGCAGCCGGUGCAAUCUGCAACAGGUGCCUGCCCGCGAUUUUGAACUUGAUGAAGACCGGCUGAUUGACAGUCUUCUAGACAGCCGUUAAGAUGUCGAAGAUUGAUAAGCUUUCGAUUCUUGGUGUUCGCUCGUUCGACAAUACCCGCAGCGAGACGAUUCAAUUCCAUACGCCUCUUACGUUGAUUGUUGGGUAUAACGGAUCUGGGAAAACGACGAUUAUCGAAUGUCUCAAGUAUGCGACCACCGGAGAUCUCCCGCCGAACAGCAAGGGUGGUGCAUUCAUCCACGAUCCGAAGUUAUGCGGAGAGAAAGAAGUCCUAGCGCAGGUCAAACUGUCAUUCAAGGCGACCUCGGGCGCUAAGAUGGUGGCGACGCGGAGUCUCCAGCUCACCGUCAAGAAAACCACGCGGCAGCAGAAGACGCUGGAGGGCCAGCUUCUGAUGGUCAAGGAUGGCGAGCGGACGGCCAUCUCCUCGCGAGUGGCCGAGCUGGACCAGAUCCUGCCGCAGUACCUGGGCGUGUCGAGGGCGGUCCUCGACUCCGUGAUCUUCUGCCACCAGGAUGAGAGCCUGUGGCCCAUGAGCGAGCCGUCCGUGUUGAAGAAGAAAUUCGACGAGAUCUUCGAGGCGAUGAAGUACACCAAGGCGAUCGAUAACAUCAAGGCGCUCCGCAAGAAGCAAAAUGAGGAGCUGGGCAAAUACAAGAUCAUGGAACAGCAUGCCAAGGAGGAUAAGGAAAAGGCGGACCGCGUGGAGAAGCGGUCGAUCAAGCUGCAGGACGAAAUUGAAGCUCUGCGGGCGGAGACGCAUCAGCUCUCUCAGGAGAUGCGGCGGGUCGCCGAAUUGGCGGACAGGGCGUGGAAAGAGUCGGAGAGCUACUCCCAGGUCCUGGGCGCGCUGGAGGGAAAGCGCAUCGAGGCGAAGAGUAUCCAGACGACGCUCGACAAUCUGAAACGGCAUCUGGUGGAGCUGGACGACUCGGAUGAGUGGCUGGAGUCGAACCUGGAGCAGUUUGAGACAAAGCAACUGCAGUACCAACAACAGGAGGAGUCUCAGAAAGAGAACUACAUGGAGAUCAAAGAACAGAUUGAAAACGCGCGGCACAAGCUGGGUCUCAAGCAGGCCGAGUACGGAAAAUUCGAGAACGAUAAGGCGAACUUUGAGCGUCAAGUCGAGAGGCGACAGCGCAUGACCAAAGAAAUCGCCCGGAGCCACAGCAUUCGUGGGUUCGACAAUGUGGUGGAUCAGGCGGAUGUCGACGAGUUCAUGCGCCGAGUCAGAAAGAUCCUCAAAGAGCAGAAUCAGGUGCUAGAGCGAGUCAAGCGGGAGGCGCAAAGCGAGCUGCGCGAAGCCCAAGACUCUCUCAAUCAAAUUGGACAGCGCAAGUCUGCGCUGCAGGAAAGUAAGAUUGCAGCCAAACGACAGAUAGCUUUCAAUGACAGAGAUGCGGCUACCUACCAAGCAAAACUUAACGAGAUCAAUGUCGAUGAGGGCGUACAGGCGGCGCUCGAGACAAACAUUGAGGACACUGUUUCUCGCCUGGAUCAGGCGAAGGAACGCUCGCGAACCGCUUCUUGGGAUAAAGAGAUCCAGAACGUCAACUCGGAGAUCCGCAAGUUUGAAGAUGAAAGCUCUCGCUUGAACGCCGAACUCAUCGAGGCGACCAAAAAGGCUGGUGACCUUGCCCGGCUUGACCACCUGAAAAAGGAGCUCAGGGAACAGGAACGCGGCCUGGGAACCAUGAAAAGUGCGCAUGGCGAUCGGCUCUCCAAGUAUAUCAAGUCCAAUUGGAGCACCGAUUCCCUUGAGCAAGACUUUCAACGUGUCCUGGAGGAAGAGUCAGGACACGUCUCCAAGGCGGAGCGUGAACGCGACGGCGUCAGUCGAGAGCUGGAACAAGUUGAGUUCAAGAUGAAAGAAGCAAAGAAAGCCUUGAACCAGCGGCAGAAAGAGCUUAAAGAGAGUAUACAUGAGAUCCGUGAAGCUAUUGGGGACGAGCCAGAGGAAUAUCUCGAGAUCGUCAAAGAGCGGCAGAUCCAGCUUGAUCUCGCUCGGAAAGAUGCGGAGCAGUAUGCUGGGAUAGGCUCCUAUAUGAAAGACUGUCUUGGCACUGCGAAACAGUCGAAGGUCUGCCGGUUGUGCCAACGGGGCUUCGAAGCAGAGAGACAAUUGCAGGCUUUCAUCAACAAGCUGGAGGGCCUAGUCAAGAAAGCCCAAAGGAAUCUUGAAGAUGAGGACAUCAAACACUUGGAGGAAGACCUCAACGCUGCGCGAGAGGCCAGCACAGCCUACAACACGUGGGCCCGCUUGAAGGAAACCGAGAUUCCGAGCCUGGAAAAGGAAGAGGAGCAGUAUGUUCUCCAGCAGGACAAAUUGCUAAGUCAACUAGAGGAGCAUGACAAGAUUGUCAGCGAGAGGACCGAGAAGAAGAAAGAUGUCGAAGCGCUCUCGAAGACGGUCAACACUAUCGUCAAGUAUGCCAGUGACAUCAAGUCUAUCCGCUCCCAGAUAGAAGAGCUCUCUUCAAAGCAAGAGGACAACACUGGUUCUCGUACUCUGGAGGAUAUUCAGGAGGAAAUCGCUGGAAUCGGCGAACGCUCCCGUGCUCUCAAGAAGACGUUGUCAAAGCUCACCCAUGAAAAGGAGCAGACGUUAGCGGAGAUCAACAACCUGGAGCUGCAGCUCAGAGACGCCAAGAGCAGUCUGGACAACGCCAAGUUCCAGCUUGAAAAGAAAGCAGAUCUUGUGACUCGCCUUGGAGAGUACAAAAACCUCAACAAUGAACAGCGUGCGGCAAUCGCAAAGGCGGACAAAGACAUUGAGUCUCUUACCCCCGAACUGCUCAAGGUACAGGCGCAGUAUGAUGACAUCAGUCAGCGCGCCGAGGCACGCGAAAGAGAACUGCAGCAGGAAAUCUCCCAAUUAUACGACAGCAUACAUCAGCUGGAAGUGGCAAGCGAAGAAAUCGAUGCCUAUAAUGAGCGAGGUGGCCCUACCCAGCUUGAGCGAAGCGAACGCGAACUCCAAACGAUUGAGAACGAAAUCAAUGAGCUUGAAUCGGAACAGGCGACGAUCACGAGAGAAAUCAACCGAAUAUCUGCCCAGCUGAAAGACAGUGAGAACACCAAGCGUCAGUACGCAGACAACCUGACGUAUCGGCAGGCGACCCGAGCCCUGGACAAGGUCAAUGCCGAGAUUGAGCAACUCGCCGCUCAGAACGCCGAGGUCGACCGCAGUCGUUUCAAGGAGGAAUCCGAGCGCCGUACGCGCGAACACAAUGCCCUCGCCGCGAAGCAGGCCAGCAAGAUGGGUGAGAUGAAGUCCAAAGACGACCAGCUGAUGCAAUUGAUUGCCGACUAUGACACGGACUACAAGGACGCGGCCGGCAAGUACAAGGAGGCUCACAUCAAGGUCGAGACCACCCGCGCGGCGGUCGACGAUCUCGCGCGUUACGGCGGCGCACUCGACAAAGCCAUCAUGAAGUACCACGGGUUGAAGAUGGAGGAGAUCAACGCCAUCGUCGGCGAGCUGUGGCAGAAGACCUACCGCGGCACCGACGUCGACACCAUUCUCAUCCGCUCCGACAACGAGAACGCCAAGGGCAACCGCUCCUACAACUACCGCGUCUGCAUGGUCAAGCAAGGCGCCGAGAUGGACAUGCGCGGCCGCUGCAGCGCCGGCCAGAAGGUCCUGGCCAGCAUCAUCAUCCGCCUGGCCCUGGCCGAGUGCUUUGGCGUCAACUGUGGCCUGAUCGCCCUCGACGAGCCGACCACCAACCUGGACCGCGACAACAUCCGCUCGCUGGCCGAGUCGCUCCACGAUAUCAUCCGCGCGCGCCAGCAGCAGGCCAACUUCCAGCUUAUUGUCAUCACCCACGACGAGGAGUUCCUGCGGCAUAUGCAGUGCGGCGAUUUCAGUGAUUACUAUUACCGCGUUUCACGGAAUGAGCGGCAGAAGUCUAUUAUCGAGAGACAGUCCAUCGCUGAGGUCAUGUAAUAAAGUUACCUUUUUCCCCAUCAUCGAAUCAUUAUGCAUGGUAAUGGUGAAUCCGACCUAGUGGAUAGCGUCUACACUCAACAAAGGAUCAAAAGUGGUACACAUUGAUAUUCUUCCUGUACAUCAUUGAGAUAUUAGCCUAGCAUGGACCGGCGUUAAAU